AUGACGUUGCGACUUGUCACGCGUUAUUGGUUACACGAGACACUUCGUCUUGGACGAUGGCUUCGACCUAAUAGUAAUCCAUUCUUUGAACCUCCUCCAAGACCGAAGGAUCUAUGGCUACAAUAUCCCAUAGGAUAUCAAGACGCAACUGGACAUGAUGAGGUAAAUGGAGAGAAGGAUAUGAACAUGCAGGAUUCAAGUGCAAGAUCAAUAUUUCCUCGAGCUGUUCGACUGCCUUGUUCGCCCAAGUUUUGUUUUCGAGGUGUUGUGCCACUCUGGCCAUACAUUGCAGCAUAUCUUGCACAGCCCAUACGUAACGUGCAUGAACUCGCAGCUCGACUGCAAUUACUUACCUUGUCACAUUCAAGACGCAGAUUAAAUUGCUUGGAGUAUGCGGUGAACGAGUUGCUAACGACGAAGGAGCAAACCAUGUUUUUCAAAGAUGUGCUACCGGAGAUGACAAGAAUGGUGCUGGCCCUACCGCAGAUGUUUGCUACACCGCCACCGCUAUUGAUUCCACAGGAAGCGAAUGGACGAGUCAAUUUGGGUAGCAAAAAUGAGGCUGGUUCUGGAAGCACGGAAGAUAACGCGAGAGAAGAAAGUCAAGUUGUCAUUCAAAGCCACCGGUUCUCAAAACUGGAGGUGUUGACGUUAGUUUGUGGCUGCUUCUUUGGUAUUUUUCCUGACCAAGACAUUGCCAAGUCUGGACAGAUUUUACAAAGCAGAAGACCAAGGCGACAAGGCGAUGAUACUGGUAAUGGCAUAAUUCAGUUUCCCCAUUUUACUGCGGUUCGGAUGUUCUCGGCUCCUGGUAACAUGAGUAAGAUGGUUGUGCUGAAAGGCCAAAAGAUUUGUUGUCUUUUGCAGUACUUCUUGCGCGUAGUUCCACUUGCCAUGUCAGAGCGUAAUGCGUUUUCUACAGAGGUGAUUGACUUUGCGCGUGUUGCGGUGCACUUACCACCAUUCGUGCACGGGCCAAUUGGUGCAGAGCAAUCAUCUAAAGAGCUUUUUGAGAUAUUAAAAAAUUUGUCACGAGCACACUGUGCUAGCCAAAGUGCUAUGAAUGCACAUCCUCGAUUGUACGCUGCGACGUGUGUGUCAGAUGUGCUAAUUGAAGACUUGGACAAACAUUUGCAAGUCGACUUCGCAAACAAAUUUGCUGGAGGCGGAGUGCUUAGCUCUGGGUGUGUGCAAGAAGAAAUUCGCUUCUUACUGUCACCUGAAUUACUGGUAUCCUGCCUCGUAUUUGCCAAGUUGGAACCCCACGAAGCGUUUGUAGUUCAUGGGACGGAGCGCUACAGUACGUAUGAAGGAUAUGGCGGAUCGUUUGUUUAUGGUGGCAACUUCAAAGACACGACACGCUUGAAUUCUGUAUCGAAUGGAUGCGUCCGCCGAGAAUGCGUAAUCGUGGGGAUUGACGCAACCGAUUAUGGCUCGGCACAAGUGCAACGACAAUAUGAACGUGGGCAUGUAUGGCGUGAUCUAUUGAAGGCUUAUGCUGGUUUUGCCUAUCCCGAAGCAAGCGACAACGAACACUGUUGGCCUGUAGCCAGUGGAAAUUGGGGCUGCGGUGUAUUUCAAGGUGACCGCGAGCUGAAGUUUUUGAUUCAAUGGCUAGCAGCAUCGCUUCACCAUCGUGACUUGGUCUACGUUUUGUUCCAGUGCGACUUGGACUUUCAAACAAAAGUCAAUACGUUGUUAAGGCUAGUCACCAGUUUGAAGUCACGUGAGUGGGACCAACAAUGUGGUGGAGUGAUUCAAUGGCUCAUGGAUUUUCUUUUUCAUGAGCUUCGUGUUGAGUUAGGUGAAAGCAGCGUGCUAACACGUGCAAUACUUUCACUUGAACGAGCAUUGGUGACGCUCGACGUACAAGACGACACCAAAGUUGAAGUCCCGGUGACCAUUACUCAAAGAGAGGAGCAACGUAGUGAGGCGAUGAAGAAGAAGCCCAAAAUUAUGAAGAAAACGUUCUACCAGACGACCAUGGAGGAGAUUUAUAAGCCCAAGUAA